AUGACCAAGCUAAUCACAGAGACACCAGACCAGCCAAUUCCUUUUUUAAUUAAUCAUCUUCAAUCAAAAUUGGGAAAUGUUCCUCAGCUUCCAAGAACAUUUUCUGGGUCAGCAGCUUUGUGGGCAGAAAGUGAAUCGUCCGAAUACAAAGGAGCUAGAAGAGAGUUUAGAAGCUAUGAAAAACCUUGGCAAGUAAAUGCAAAGAAACCGAAGAAAUCAAAAAGUGACCUUGCGGUCUGCAAUAUUUCACCACCAUCACCGGAAUCAAAGUCAUUGCCAAGGUCAAUUGAACAUCCUAAAUGGGAUUGGAGGACAAAACCAGAAAGUCAUGAUUUUGAUGAACUAAACCACAUCCUUCAGGAAAGCAAAAAGCUGGGGAAAGCUUUGGAAAACCUGUCACGUAGUAUUGCUGUUUCAGAUGACCUUGAGCAGGACACACGGGCAUUUAACUCUUCCCUUCUAAGACCCUGUGUGAUUGGAGAAUGGGUGGGACGUGAAGACAAUGACAUUGACCCUUUAGCUGCUGAAAUGAUACAACCUCCUAUACCAAGAAAUAAAAAUGAACAACGGGAAGUAGAUGAAGGCAGUGGCAGCCCUGCUGGAAGCUUAAAGAUGGAGCCAAAAAAACAAAGGACUGAAACAACAGCAGCAGCACCAUAA